AUGAAUAGCUUCCACCCGCACUUGACCAUCCGAAACGUCAAAUGUCAAACACCAAAACUUCAAGGGCGGGAUAAUGGCAUUGUGCGCGACAAUCAGAACAGUCAUUGUAGUAUCAAAUACAUGCGUGAAGAGGGAGAGCGAUUAAUACCUUUCGGUCGCUGGGGGCCAGUAAGGGUAGGGGCUGACCCGGUGACCCAAAUUGUUAUGCCCCCUCAUACAGAACCAGUAACGGUGGCAUUUUGCCCAAAUCUUGAUUCAUGCACCUGUAAUGAUAAACCUGAUGGUUAUUAUAUCGACUGCAAAGAUAUUAUCGAUACAUCCCUAUCCGAUAUUAUACAAUCAUUAGGUAGACGACAAGUACAAAGACUUACAAUCACUAACGCUUCAUGGCCGGUGCUUAAAGAAUUGCCAUCAGCCAACAUACGGUCUCUCCAGUUGAUCUCGUGCGGCAUUAAGAACAUUAUGGAUGCAACUUUUGCCAAAUUAGCAGAUAAUUUGGAACAUCUAACAAUCACCGAAAAUAUGCUCACAAAUGUUACAUUGCUUGGUUAUUUACCAAAGUUAACUUCGGUCAAUCUCAAUUAUAAUCAGUUAACAGAUUUACCAGAUAAUGCAUUGAAAGGUGCCGAAAGUCUACGACAUUUACGCCUUGAAGGAAAUAAAAUUUGCUCACUUUCAAG